AUUUCUUGCAGAUUUGUGACAUUAAAAACCACAGAUAUAUACAACACUACUACUAAACCAGAUCAAAUAUGAAUUGGAAUGGAAAACCAGAGAAUGCUGCCCCCAAACCACCACCAUAUCCUAAAGGCCAGUCAUCUCUUUUACAGCAGUUUUUAAUGCCUUCCACAAGUUCUCAAAGUUCUUUCAGCUGUCUCCCACAUAACCAGGAAGCAUGCCUGUAUCCCACUAAUUCAAAUUCAGUUUCACAGCCACUUGUGAAUGUCAGGAGUUACAUAACUCCUCAGAUCUCUGUUUCUAAUAUGCAUAAUAGGACAGUUGUGGCCUCACAGACUUCAGUAGAAAGAGUCACAUAUACAAAUGUUAAAGGAGCCCAACAACCAAACUACAGUUUGCAAACAGUGUCUUCAGGAGUUAUGCAAAAUGCCUGGAUGAAUUCAACAAUGAGGAAUUUUAUGCCUUCUCAUACAGAGGCAACUGUAUCUCAUAAACCUGAUGGAGGUACUAAUAUGCCUUAUAUACAUGUACCACAGAGUCAGCUUAUCACAUCAGAUACCUAUUCUGUGCAACUACAAACGACUCCUUCAAAUUCUGUAAGAGUUCCUGUAACUUACCAAGGAAAUCAGGGACUUAACCACUCAAUACCAGAUGAGCUUGUUGGCUGGACACAAUGCUCAUCCAAUGAACUUACUUAUCCAGAUUACAGGCCACCUCCAAAGCAAUAUCCUUAUUUACCACAAAGCUUUGUGCAAGACACUUCAGUUCAGAAACAAAACUUUGUAUCAUCUACAUCAUUACAAGUUAAAAAUCAUCAGCUUCCACCUUCUACACAGACCUUACCAUCAAAGCAUCCUGUACCUGUGUCGUCAUAUCAGUGUGCUGCAGAAACCAACAAAAGACUCCCUGCCUCUCCUUACAGCUGUAGAUAUGGAAGCCAAAAUGUGCAAAAUUCUCAGUCUGUUUCUAGACACUUGCCUGUGGAAGUUCCUCAGAGUACAGAAAUGCACUCAUCUGAGAAAAAGAAAGAUGCUUACAAAGUGUUUGAACAGCAGUGGCAGAACACUAGUAGAAAUUUCAAUACAAUUGGAAAAUUCUGUGAGUUGAAAAUAAAUACAAAACAGUCUUACAAUGACUCUGCUGGCUCUUCUGGGGAUGGUGUUCAGACUCUUGUUCAAAAUAAUCAAGAAGAAAGAAAGUAUUCCUGCAAUCCAAGUACAAAUCAAAUAAUAGACACAAAUGUCACAAAAGAAAAGCUGGUGAGGGAUAUUAAAUCACUAGUAGAAAUUAAAAAGAAGUUUUCAGAACUUGCAAGAAAAAUUAAAAUCAAUAAAGAUAUUUUGAUGGCAAAUGGUUGCAGUAAAACAGCUAAUACUUAUACUGAACCAACUCGGCAUUCUGAAUUUUCAGCAAAAGAAAUGUCUGCUAAAAGGGACAGUAGGUGUUCCAUGGAAUUGCUAGCAACAUGUCUUUCUCUUUGGAAAAACCAACCUCCAAAAACCACAGAAGAAAAUGUUCCAAAGCCUUUAGAAGAAAAACAAUAUAGUGUAUCGAGAACCAGUACAACAGCAAUUGGAUGUUCAAAUCCCACGAAUGAAGUUCACGUGAAGAAUUUUUGUUCAGGUGUUAGAAAUCCUCAGAAAAUGACCACGUCAUCACAAACAGUCCUGUCAGUUCUCACACCGAUUUACGAGUCUUCAGAUGUAGCUGUUGGAAAAGGAACAGAGCUUCAGAUUGCUGUGGUUUCACCUUUAAUUCUUUCAGAUAUCAAUACCAUACCUGGGAAAGAGGUGGCACCUGAAGUUGUACCUGAAACUGUGUACCCAGUUGUUAAGGAAGGCAGUGUUUGUAGCUUACAAAACCAGCAGGAAGAAAAUUCAACAGUAACUGCUGCUUUGCCCUGUGAUAUUACAGGAGCAGUAGCAAGUAAUCCUGAAUCCACUGAGCUGUCCCUGCCUGUGCAUGAGGUAAAGCAGCACAAACCAACACAGAGUGAUCUAGCCGUAGUUGAUAGUGGCCUAGGGAAACACUCUCCCCUGGGCGCUGACGCUUUGCCUAACCCUAAGGACAGCAACACUGUGAGUGGGCCUAUGUUACAGAUUGAAAGUAUCUGUUCUCUUGCAGAAGGAGAUGCAUCUUACAAUUCCCAGAUAGCAGAGAUAUUCAACUCUGUACAAAAUGAGCACCUGAAACUUUCACCUAAUCAGCAGGCAAUUAAUAGUCAACAAGAAGAACAAGUAGAUGACAUUGCUGAAAAUAAAGACUGUAGUUUCCAGGAAGAUAAAUGUAUGCCAUGUACAGAUGUUCCUCAUGAAGUCACUGAGCAGCCGGAGCCACUACAGCCUUCAGAGGCAGCAUCUAGUGAGUAUGUUAAAGCAAACAGAGAAACCCUAGAGGAAAGCAGUAAGGAAAAUACUGGUGAAAAAGAGACAACUAAGAACAUGUGUUCACCUGCUGUUGUUCAGCAAGAUCCUCAACCUCAGGAAACUGGUAUGGCCAUCAGUAAGUCAGGAGACAGUCUUCCUGUAGUAAAUGAGAUUAAUGAUGAAAGUGAACCUGUCUCAUACCUACAUGACCAGCUGUCAGAACUUCUAAAAGAGUUCCCUUAUGGCAUUGAGACUAUUGCCAGGCCUGAAGUUUAUGUGAGACAACAAAAGACACAUGAAAUCGUAGAAAAUCAAACUGGUAGUAAAACUGGUAAUGUAUCUGGGGAAAACGCAGACCAAAUAAAAAUUACAGUAUUAAACUCAGAACAAAUCAAAGAAUUAUUUCCUGAAGAGGAUCAGCUACGUGACUUAGACAGAUUGGCAGAACUCAAGAACACAAAAGACAGUGCAGAAAUAAAGAGCCUGUGUGGUUCACAGGUCCCCAGAGAAGAAAGUCACAACCCUGGAAUGUUGGAUCUAGAGAAAGACAAAAUCCAUUGCUGUGCCUUGGGCUGGCUCUCAAUGGUUUAUGAAGGUGUGCCACAGUGUCAGUGCAGCACCACGGCAGAGAAAAACCUGUGUUCUUUGGAGGUCACCAAUUGCAAACAAGGAGAGCAGGCCUGUAACAGUGGGAUCACUAUUUUUGAAAUUAAUCCUAUUUCUGGUAACCCAAAAAGUCCUCUGACCCAAGAAGCUGAGGAAGGCCAUUUUUCUGAUAAACAUGUUGAAAAGAUAAAAACAUCUGAAACAAAAGACAGCAGCUCAUCAAGGGUGGAACAGGAAUUAACUGGUAAUUUUUCAAUGAGAUGUCACCAGAAAGAUAAAGAUAAAUCCGAAACGAAACAGAAUAGCUCACUGAAAAUAGAGCAAAAAGCAAGUCUUUCUUCUAAGUGUGACAAACCAGAUCCCUUCAAAAGUAAUAAAAAACCAACCCCUGAAGCAUUUCAUGUGGUAACUUCCAACUCUGAUAAAAAUAUGCCAGCAUUUUCUAAACAAGAUUCUCAGAAGAGCCUUCAGAAGAAACACACAUUUCAAGACUCAGAUCCGGUAAAAGCACAUGCAGGACUUCUGCCAAAUAAAGAUCCAUGCAGGAGGAAAAAAAAUUUGGUACAGUCAGUGUCACCAGAAAAGAAAAUAUUUAAGUUCAAAGCAGGUAGCUCCAAACUGAAAUAUUUUGAAAAAAGGAAAACUGACCAUGUGCUUAUCUCAGAUGUGGAAAUAAAAAAGAAGAAAUAUGAAAAACAAGAGCAGAACAAAAAUGCUGGAGGCACACUAAAAUUGUACAGCACUCUGACAGAACCAAAUGAAAGAGCCUGUGCUAAAGAAAAGGUGACAAAUUCUGAGCCCUCAGACUCAAAGGGAAGCUCCUCUAAGAGUAAUAGAGUUAUAACUGUGCAGGAAUAUUUACAGCGGCAAAAAGACAGGCUUGUACAUGGGAAUGAUGCCUCCAAAAACAUAGGUGUAGAAAAUGUGCCUUGUGACUCAGAACACAUGAAGUUCAGUAAGAAUUCUGUAUCACAGAGUGUCAGUGCAGAGACUAAAAAAGAAACAGAACAUAAUUCCACCAGCCAUGGCCAAAAUCUCAAGACCCAUCAUUCUGAGGAGGCUAAGACAUACAGUAUGUCAAGAAAUAAUAGUAAAGGAAGAUUUGAUGGGAAGCAGCCGGACAUAGCCUGUAUUGAUAAAACCAAAUUGGAAAGAUUGACCAGUAUGAGUAAUAAGUCCAGCCAGAUAUCUCCCCAAGUAAAGGAACGAAGGAAACAGUACCUGAAUCGAGUUGCAUUCAAAUGUACAGAGCGGGAAAGCAUUUGUCUCACCAAAUUGGACAGUGCAUCCAAGAAGCUUAGGAAAGAGAAAGAGAAGAAUAGGGCAUGUACAGUGACAAACGAUGAUACAGACAAGCCCAUGUUGGAGUUUAAGUUAUGUCCAGAUGUGUUACUGAAGAAUACAUGCUCCAUUGACAAACAGGAUGAUCCAAGGCCUGGUCCUGAGAAGGAGCAAGCAUCUGUGCGAGUUUCAGGAAUAAAAACUACAAAAGAAGAUUGGUUAAAAUGUAUCCCUACAAGGACAAAGAUGCCCGAAUCAAGUGAAGAAAUAGAUCGGACUGAUUCAAGACUUGCUAAGAGAAGCUUCAGUGCAGAUGAAUUUGAAAUGCUACAAAAUCCAGUAAAAGACUCAAAUGUCAUGUUCCGGACCUAUAAAAAAAUGUACCUGGAGAAGAGAAGCAGAAGCCUUGGGAGCAGUCCAGUGAAGUAGUCACAGUAUAUGGUAGCUGUGCUUCUACCGCCAGGAAAUCCCUAACUUUCUUUUCAGGCUCCCUUGCUGGAAAUAACUCAGGACUUUCACAUUUGGAAUUCUCAGCCAAGGUGUUUAGUUACAGCUUGUGUUUUUCAUAGAUACUGUGGUAACUGAAAUGUUGGAUUAGCUGCUGAUGAGCAGGCAAAGAAAUAGAUUGCAUUUGUCUGGAAACUACACAAUGUGUGACCUUCUACAUUGUUAAAACCAUGUUUACUGUUUUAAGUCUUGCUGACAUAGUGGUGCAAAGCUAUGAUCCUAGCCAUUCGACAGAUGGAGACAAGAGGAUCAGUAAUGGCUUCAGCAGCAUUAAGGCCAGUUUAGGCUACAUGAGAACCUCUCCAAAACAAAACAACCAAAAAGAACAGGAAGUUGACCUACACAAAUCUUAUUCCGAAAUGCUGUCAUCCUGAUGUAACUAACUAUUCAUCAACUGGGGACUUGUUUUGUCUGGGGCAACUGGGGACUUGUUUUGUCUGGGGCUGUAAAUAUAUUUUUAUUUCUAAGCACAUUAGCAAAACUUAUUUUUCAGAAAAUGUCCACUGUGGAUGUCAAAUUAUAUUCCUAAGUAUUUUGUACUUUAUUGUAUAGGUUUUUUUCAGAAGUCUUGUUUUAUACUUUUGUUAAACUGAAUGGAGUUUUUGGAAGAUGUCUUGACAUUACUUUUCAUACUUGAAAUAAACAUUUAUUUUUAAAA